AGUUUCGCAGGUCCGGAAAGCCGGGAAAUCGCCUGCGGGGGGCGGGGCCAGUUUGGUGUGCGGGAAGGCGAGGCCAGCUCCAGGGGGGCGGGGCAGGGGUGAGGCGGGGAGAAGGGCGGAGCUACCAGGACCUGUUGAUCGCAGGUGUCACUGCCCUCACUGGCCCUGGAGUGCUGAGGCAUGUGCGCAUGCUCCGUGCGCUGGGUCGAGCUCUAGGCGGCAGAGACCAGUAGCCUCUGCUCCAGUUCCCGGUGAGCCUCGGUUACGGUGGCAGCUGUUUGUCUAACAGCUUGGUGUCGACCUGAGGCGGAGCUAGGCCAACGGGAGGUAGCUCUGUAGAAGUAGAAGGCCAUUGUUUCUCUACCUGGACCGCAUACUAUUCUCGCUGAAAGGGCAGAGCUCAAGGUUACAUUGAUAUGAAAUAUGGAGUCACCUUUAAUAACUUCACCUGGAAAAGAGUCUUCUUUCUUUUUAAGAAAACAUAAGGAAAACAUGUGACCAAAGGAAUCAUACCAUACACCAACUCUACAUCUUUUUUUAUCAUCUUUUUUUUUUAAACCAAGACAAAAGAUUUAAAUGACUUGUGCUUUAAAGAAUAUGAUUUGUUCGACAUUAUUUUUAGCAGUUUUUUUUAAAAUCUUUUUCAUCUUAAACUGUACAACUCGUAAAAUUUAACACAAAGAUUUUUAAAUCUUGAAGGCCUUGUUUAAAAUAGCUUUCUUUUUUAGCUUUCAGAACUUCUAUGCUAUAUAUCCUAUUUUUACUUGACAAAGUCCUCCACACUACAAUAUCAGGAGAGAUAUGGACUUGGAAACGUACGUUAUUGUAAUAGACUGCAGCAAAUUUAAGUGGACCAUUCAAGACAUCAUCCAUUUUAUUAUCAGAAGUAUCACAUAAGUAUAUAAUUCUUAGCUUUAAUGCAAACAAAAUUGCUUGAAAAUGGCAUGGGUAAAAUUCUUACGGAAACCUGGUGGCAAUCUUGGAAAAGCUUAUCAGCCCGGGAGUAUGCUAUCCCUUGCCCCUACCAAAGGCUUGUUGAAUGAACCAGGACAAAACAGCUGCUUUCUUAAUAGUGCUGUACAGGUUUUAUGGCAAUUAGAUAUAUUCCGAAGAAGCUUGCGUGUUCUCACGGGGCAUGUUUGUCAGGGAGAUGCCUGCAUAUUUUGUGCAUUGAAGACAAUAUUUGCACAGUUUCAACACAGUCGAGAAAAAGCACUUCCCUCUGAUAACAUACGGCAUGCUCUUGCAGAAAGCUUCAAAGAUGAGCAGCGAUUUCAGCUUGGUCUUAUGGAUGAUGCUGCAGAGUGCUUUGAAAAUAUAUUGGAGAGGAUUCAUUUCCACAUAGUGCCAAGCAGAGACGCAGAUAUGUGUACUUCUAAAUCUUGUAUCACUCACCAGAAGUUUGCUAUGACUCUGUAUGAACAGUGUGUGUGUCGUAGCUGUGGAGCAUCAUCAGAUCCACUACCCUUUACAGAAUUUGUGCGGUACAUUUCUACAACAGCCCUAUGCAAUGAAGUUGAAAGAAUGAUAGAAAGGCAUGAACGCUUUAAGCCUGAAAUGUUUGCAGAAUUGCUACAAGCAGCGAAUACAACUGAUGACUAUAGGAAGUGUCCUAGUAAUUGUGGCCAAAAAAUAAAAAUUCGACGUGUUUUAAUGAAUUGCCCAGAGAUUGUUACAAUUGGUUUAGUCUGGGAUUCUGAGCAUUCUGACUUGACCGAAGAUGUUGUUCGGAAUCUAGCAACACAUCUUUAUCUUCCUGGGCUUUUUUACAGGGUUACAGAUGAAAAUGCCAGAAAUAGUGAACUUCACCUAGUUGGCAUGAUUUGCUACACUAGCCGACAUUAUUGUGCCUUUGCUUUUCAUACCAAGACUUCCAAAUGGGUAUUUUUUGAUGAUGCAAAUGUGAAAGAGGUUGGAACUAGAUGGAAAGAUGUAGUCUCCAAGUGUAUCCGAUGCCACUUCCAACCACUGCUUUUGUUUUACGCAAACCCAGAUGGCACAGCGGUUUCCACUGAAGAUGCGCUCAAGCAGGUUAUCAUCUGGUCACAUCAUAAAUCUGUUGCAGAAAAUAUAGGAUGUGAAAAUUCCUCAAUUUCUAAGUCAGAAAAUUCAAAAGAAAAUGGAUUUGGUGAUCAGACAAAACAGAGGGAAAAUCAGAGAUUUCAAGUAGAUAGUAUUUCAUCGUUUACUCGGAGCCACAUACAAACAAGUGGUGGUAGAGGACCAGUUAAGUCAAGCCACAAUGAUCAAAGGGAAAAAAUAAAAGAUAUUUCCAGAGAAUGUGCUCUAAAAGCCAUUGAACAGAAAAACUUACUUUCCUCACAAAGGAAAGAUUUGGAAAGGGGGCAAAGAAGAGAUUUGGGCAGACAAAGAGAUUUGGUUGAUGAAGACCUUCCACAUUUCAAGUCUGGAUCACCUCCUGUCUCCAAUGGCUUUAGACAGUAUGGGAAUUCACAUCUAUAUCAUAGUCAAGGGAAAGGACCAUAUAAACAUGACCGAGUUGCCCACCAGAGUCGAGCUUCUGCACAAACAUUAAGUUCAAGUAAAUGCCAGAUUCUUGCUUCAGGAGAGAAAGUUACUGGCAAAGUUAAGAGUGACAGUGGUACUGGAUAUGAUACAGAUAGUAGCCAAGAUUCUCGGGAUAAAGGAAGCAGCUAUAAUGGCAGCAGUAAAAGCCGAAACCGAGGUUGGAAACCUAUGAGAGAAACAUUAAAUGUUGAUAGUAUCUUUAAUGAAAGUGAAAGAAGGCAGCAUAGUCCAAGACAUAAAUCAAAUAUUAGUAACAAAUCUAAAUGUAGCAAAGAUCAGAGUUUUAAUAAUUGGCCAAAAGAGAAUCCAAAACAAAAAUGUUUAAUGACUAUAUAUGAAGAUGAAACGAAGCAAGAAACAGGAAGCAGGAGUUCCCUUGAAUUUAAUGGAAAGGGAACAGAGAAAAAUAAAGGCCUCAAAGAAACUAAAGUUCAUGGUGACAGUUGGCAGAUGCAAAGAACCGAGUCUGGAUAUGAAAGUAGUGAUCAUAUCAGUAAUGGAUCUGCUAAUUUGGACUCGCCUAUUAUUGAUGGAAAUGGUACAGUAACGGAUAUCAGUGGUAGUAAAGAAGCCGCAUCCUUCAGCGACAAGAUUAAGACAGGCAACCUAAACAUAGAGCAUGUGAACUCUACCUCCCAACAGAGUAAAAACCACCUGGAAGGCUUUAGAAGAGAACUCAAGAACUUGGAAGUCGACUGUAAAUCUCACGAGUCCCACUCAGAAUCACAUCUACAAAUAAAAAAUCCUUUGAUAAAAAGGUCACAUGUACGUGAAACCAAUGGAAAGUUAUUCUCAUCGUCCAGUCCACAGAUACCCAAGGACCAUACAGCAAGGGAGCAUGCCUACCUGUCAAAUGAACAGAAACUUGAAAAAUCAAGUGAAUGCAAAUUUUCUGAGUGGCCUAAUGUAGAAAAUCCUGAGAGAACAGGUUUGCUUUUUCACGUUGAUGAUAAUUCUGCUUCUGGAAAGAGAGUGAACAGUAAUGAAACAGUGUCACCGUCUUCAUUGCAGUCUUCUCUUAUGAGAACUGUGGGGUUAAAGCCUGAAACUGCUCCCGUACUCCAGCAGCAGAAUAUGACAGAACAAUGUUACUCUGAGAACUCUCUAUCCAGGGAAAAAUUAAUUCAGUCAACCCGCAGAUCUGAUGGUUGUCAGAUGCCAAAACCUUUUUGCCAGAAUCCACCACCUCCUCUGCCACCAAAGAAGUAUGUCAAGACCAGUGUGCCACAGUCAGAGAAAAACGAUUCUACACCUGAUGUGAAACUAACAGAGAUGUUUAAAACUAAUUGUUCUAAUCUUCCAAAGCAUAGUUUAAGUACAGCUUCAGGACCAGGUUUAGAAGUGAAUGCAUAUAUGAAUGAUGAAAGACCAAAGGAAACAUUUCAAGCAAAGGAGGAUUUUAGCCACAUACCAUCCAGCUUUUCAACUAAUGAUUUUCAGGCAGACUCAAGUACAGUUGCAGGUGCUUUAUGCCAACCAGAAAUAGACUCCGGUUCUUCUUGUCCAAAUGAGACAGUUUCAUUAACUACCUAUUUUUCGGUUGAUAACUGCAUGACUGAUACAUAUAGAUUGAAAUACCAUCAGAGGCCCAAGCUCUGUUUUCCAGAGAACAGUGGCUUUUGUAAUAAUUCCAUAUCUCAGAGUGAAAGAGGGCUAGGACCUGUGUCACAUACUAAUCUUGGUUCAAACUGCCCUUCCAAGCAAAGAUAUAAACCUGGUAUACAUUGUAGUAGAUAAAUGAUGAAACUGUUAGGCUUUUACUUGUCAGAGGCCAUUAACUAGGAAUUGACUGACCAAACCUAAUGAUAUAUGAAAUUCAAACCAUGUCAUUUUAAGUCAUUAGUCACUUUAUCUUUCUGUACAGAUUCUUUCUUUCAUGAAGACUAGCUUAUUGGAUAUUUUGGUUAUUCCCUCUUUAUUGUUUUGGAAUGCCUCAAAAAAAUAGAAAUUCAAGGAGUUCCUGUUUUGGCUUAGUGGAUUAAGACCCUGACGUUGUGUCUGCAAGAAAGUGGUUUCGAUCCCUGGCCUUGCUCAGGGUUAAGGAACAGUGGGUUAAGGAUCCAGAGUUGCUGCAAGCCGCAGUGUAGGUCGCAGAUGCAGCUCAGUGUUGCCACGUGGCUGUGGUGCAGGCCGGCAGCUGCAGUUACAAUUCGCCUGGGAACUUCUAUAUGCCACAGGUGCCACCAUAAAAAGGAAGAAAAAAAGAAAAAGAAAAUGAGGAGGUAUGCAGAGUCAUUCAUCAUACGCUGCAGUUGAGUAAAAAUGUAAUUUGUUCCUUUCUUUUUGACUGCUAGACCCAUAAGUAUUAAACUAACCAGUACUCAUAUGUAGAUUGGUAAUCUGUGCUAACUGAAAAAUAGCAGGAGAUGGGUAGUUCGUGUAGUCAAAGCAGUAUUUGCUUUGUGAGGAAGCACUUUCCAGUGGGUAGCCAAAAGAGGACUUCACCCAUUUACUUUUGACUUCUGUGAUAGUCUACUACAUACGGUCCCUUUAAGUGUCUUAAAAAAAAAAAAAAAAAAAAAAUCAACCCAUGAAAUUGACAACAUUU